CUUUUCCUUAAAUACCACCAUUUCGUCAGGGUAUAUAUCGACGAUAUCAUUAUCUUUAACAAAAUAGAGGAAGAGUACCUCGAAUACCUAUAUACUAUUUACAAAAUCCUUGAUAAGGCCCAUAUCUAUAUAGGUAUAGCUAAAUCCUUUAUAAGAUACCUAGCUAUAAGACUCCUUAGAUAUAUUAUAAACGAUAAAGGCAUUACUAAAACCGAUAACCAUAUUACUACCUUUAAGAAGCUAAAGUUCCUAGAUACUCUCGAUAGCUUAGAGCAUUACCUUAGGAUGGCCGGAUAG